GCAAUAACCUCACCAGCUGUCAGAUGGCCACUGACCUCGCCUGAGCCCCGCGGUGGAAAACAGGCCUGGUCUUAAAAAGGAGCCUGGUGGCCAGGAAAGAAACCUGAGAAAUAGGUUCCCCAGCACCUCCCCGGGCGGGGCCUCCUGGCUUCCUUUUCCUUCUGCUGGUUCUCUGCACCCAAGGACACCUUUAGCCUCAUUUCCUGACUUUACAGCCUCGCCUGCGGUGCUGCCUGAGCAGGGGACAGGCAGGAAUGCAGCAGACGGGACUCGCUCUCCUCGCCUUGGCUGCCUGGGCUGCUCUUAGCCCCUCCGCAGCCAUACUUCCCAUCGCCUCCAGCUGCUGCACUGCGGUUUCCCAUCACGUCCCCAGGCGGCUCCUGGACAGAGUGCACACGUGUCGCAUCCAGAGAGCUGACGGGGACUGCGACUUGGCGGCGGUCAUCCUCCAUGUCAGGCACCGGAGGAUCUGUGUCAGCCCACACAGUCACACUGUUAAGCAGUGGAUGAAAAAGCAAGCAGCCAAGAAACAUGCCAACGGCCACGCUUGCCACACGAAGAAGCACCAUGGCAAGAGGCACAGCCACGGGGCACACCCGGCGAGACCAGGCACUCGGCCCCCAAGCUCCGUGUUGGAGAGCGAGCCAGCGACCCUGUGAACAGAUUCCUGCCGGGAAUGUGGCUGGGGCUGGGUAUGCACUGAUCAUGGGAAUGUUCCCUUUUGGGAGCCAAGGGGGCAAAAAAACUAAUGAUACAGUAUGCAAAGGUAGCCAAUAAUACACUCAACUGAGAAAUGACAUGAAAAGAUAAUGCAAAACUUCAUAUAAUAUUUUAAGAGCACAGCAUACAGAUACAAUUUCUUCAACUUUAUUCUAUAAAGUUUUCCAAACCUACAGAGAACUUGAAAGAAUGGUAAUAUGAAUCCCUGUAUACCUGUCAUCUAGAUUAAUCAUUGUUAAUAUUUUGCCAUACUUGUUUUUCUCUCUAUUUUUGUGUGUGUAUAUAAAACAUUAUAUAUGUAAAUAUAUACAUUUUUUUGUAAACCACUGGAAAAUAACAUAAACAUUAUGAUACUUCACGCCUAAAUUUAUUUUUACUGGUACAAUUUGGCAUCCCUCAAGAACAAAGACAUUUUCUAUAGGAUCACAUUAUCAGCUUUAUACCAAAAAAAAAAAAAAUUACAGUUACUUAUCUAUAUAUUUCAUGAUCAAAUUUCUCCAACUAUUUCCAGAAUAUUUCAUAUAGUUUUUUUCAAUCAAUCAAUCAAGUUUCACAUAUUGCAUUUAGUCAUUAUAUUUCUUUAGUAUAUUUUAAUCUAGGAAAGUUCCUUUGUUUUUUUUCUUUCUUCCCAUGGCAUGGAUAUUUUUUUAGAAGUCUGUGAGUUUGUUUCCUCAUGAUCAUGCUCAGGUUGAACAUUUUCAGCAAGAAUGCUUCCUGUGUGGAUUUGUAUAUUUCUUCUCAUUAUUUAGAAUUUAUAAACAUUAAAGCUCAUUUUCUACAUA